AUGGAGUUUGAAACUCUAAAAAUGAAGGAUUCAGAAUCUGUUAAGGAGUUCUCUGAUAGGUUGAUGAAGGUGGUAAAUCAAAUCAGGCUGUUAAGUGAUGAUUUGCCAGAUAAACGAGUAGUGGAAAAGGUGUUGAUCAGCCUACCUGAAAAGUUUGAAGAUAAGAUAUCAUCUCUUGAAGAUUCCAGGGAUUUGUCUGUUAUCUCCUUGUCUGAAUUAGGAAAGCAUAAAGCUCAAGCGAGCUAUGCUGUGAAGAAAACAACUAAUGAAAACAAGGAAGCUGAGAAUCAGAAAGGUGCUGGUAAAGGGGGUAAAUAUCAAGAUUGCCACAUUACAAAAGAAAGGCACAUUCACCAAAGUGGUGUUGGUUCAGGCCAUGAGUGCAAUGUAGUGUCUGCAAACAAUUUGGCUAUAUAG